AGAGUGAGAAUAGGGCAGAGCUGUGAGGUGUUGGUACCAGCAGAGGAGCUUUUCGCAUACAGAUGAAGUCAGCGCAGAGACCUGUUUUACUGUAGCAGCAGCUUGCAGACAGCACUGUUCAUCAGUGGUUGGCAUUGGGUUCUCGCUUGUUGUGGAGUACAGGAUCAGAAGCAGCAAAUGUUUCCGGUCAGGCAGCCUUGGCUUUGCAAAGCCUUAGGUUGCUAUGAUUGCUGUAUCCGGUGCUUUUGGGCAGUGCCCUACCCAUCCCUGGUGGCCACCCUGCUGUUAUAUGCCGGCAUGGCGUUAUUUUGUGGCUGUGGGCAUGAAGCGCUGUCCAACACCGAAGUCCUUGUCGAGACUUACUUCGCCCGCAACACUCAAGACUUUACGAUCAUGGCCUCCUUCAUCAAAUACUUCCAAUACGUGAUCUAUGGCCUGGCAUCAUUUUUCUUCCUCUAUGGCAUCCUGCUGCUGGCCGAGGGAUUCUACACCACGAGCGCUGUCAAGCAGACCUUCGGUGAAUUCAGGAGCACCCACUGUGGCCGCUGCAUCAGUUUAACGUUCAUCAUAGUGACAUACAUCUUGGCUUUCAUCUGGCUGGCAGUGUUUGCCUUCACUGCUAUACCGGUCUUCUUCUUGUUCAACAUGGAGCAGACCUGCCACAACAUCAACCUCCUGGCUGAAACCACCCCCAGCAUUAAUCAGCACGGCUGGAUUUGCAUUGACGCCAGGCAGUAUGGUCUGCUUCCUUGGAAUGCAAUGCCAGGCAAGGCUUGUGGGAUGACCUUGGCAUCUAUUUGUAAAACCAGCGAAUAUCACGUCACCUAUGACUUGUACAUAGCAACAUUUGCUGGUGCAGGUGUCACUCUCUUAGCCCUGUUUGUGUAUCUGGCGGCCACCACCUACAACUACGCAGUUUUGCGGUUCCUGGGCAGGAAAGGGGUCCGCUAAGGUCAAGACCUCCCUCCCAGUGAACCCCCUCCUCUAGCCUUGAGAUGGACAGUCGACACCAGACUUCCUCCUGGGAAACAGCACCUUCCAAACCUGCUAUAAUAUGUCUUUAUACAAAUGUUUCUCAUCACUGAACAACAGACAGAGAGAUGAAGAUAAUUCUCACCCGCAGCGAGCUCCGGCCUCCUCCUCACAUCCUCCUCUAAGAUGAUUCUCUCAGCUUUGUUGUUCAUUUUUUAUUUCGCAGGUUGCAUUUCAGUUUAUUUUAUGAAGCUUUAUUGGUGCUGAUGCUGUUGUCAGAUUGUGAUGUAUGACGUUUCAUGAAUAAUUAAGAGCAAUGACUGCUCGCCUUGCAAAUCAUAACUGCAUGCACUCGGCUCAGUGUUUACUGAUGCAUAUUUUGGAUCUGAAUAUGAUUUUGCUGCUGCCUCAUUAUCACCAUCUUGUGUAGCAACCUCAUGUGAACUAAAGCAAGGGAACCAGAGAUCUAUGUUUGGGUUAGGUGUAUCGUCCCAUCUCCCUUUGUGCUUUCAGUUAGAAUACAUGUACUUUGCAUUCACUCAAUGCAUUUCUGCUUAGUUUAAAUGCCACUGCUUAGGAGGGGAACAAGGAGGUGUAUUCUUAUGGAUGUUUUGGGGUUUCUGCUUGAAAACGCUGUUUUUAUGUUACUGGGGUUUUGAUGCUUCAAUAACGUGCCUCCAGGUGACUUGUGUUUAAUGUGUAGCCCUGCUACUUAGUGAGAAGGUUGUGUUGUGUGUUUUUAAUUAAGGCUGAAUAAACCAUUUACAAUUGG